GACCCAAACCAGCCAAGACUACUUUCUCACGUGCCACAACACAAAGCCAGCAAAGCGUUACGGUUCGAAGAUUCAAACUACGACCUGCAGACGGUGGACUCGUUGCGUUGCGUCAGGUAGUAAGCCUGGAAAGUGCCGUGGGAUACGCCGAAUCUCGACGAUUCGUUCCAGUACGACUAUUUUAAUCGCCGCGAAGAUACCAUUCGGUGUGUUUGUGCUCACAGAUAAGAUAUCCUUGACAGUGACAGUGCGUACAGCCAUGUUGGGAACAUGCGACAUGAUUAUACACAGCUGACGGCGUAAGAGACAUAAUCAGAUGCAGAAACGAGAAACUCUCUCUCUCUCUCUCUCUCUCUCUCUCUCUCGUCUUCUGUGCACGACAGACAAGUCGGCUUUGAUGCUUCUCAUUAGGGAACUACGAUUAAAGUGAGUAAGCUCGUUCGCGACCGCAAAUCCAACAAGAGUUAUCUUGUAUCCUCGCGUGCUCCAUUCCCAGACGGUGCUGCAUUAUCGAUCAGACCAACACAGAGACAGCGCGAGAACGCCGGUAUAUUAUUUACUAGAGAAUAUAAGCGAAUAUCAAAGCUUCUCCGUGGGUUUCCUCAAGGCAAGCCAGUGCAAUUUCUAUGAUGUAAGCUGACUCAUAUCUUACACAUCUUCAGCAUCUCACCUCUCACUUCUCCUUCACGAGUGACUUCCACGUGUAGGUGCCCGGGCGCGUGUAGUUGUGACGGAAUACAGUAGAUGAGGUCAUACACCCACCUUCACAGGCGGUUGGUUUUUCAUUCACAUUGUGCGACUCGUAGUUGAGGACGAACGCCUCGAAAUAGUCCGUUUCGGUGCUUUUAUCUCACACAAUGAUCAUGAGGACGUUGCUUGCGGUUCAUCCUGUAUCAUUGGUGUUUGUACUCACGGCCACUGCCAUUGGCGGCAAUUACAUAGACAUUAAUCUACCGCAUGAUCACGUCAAGUGCUAUCUCAAUUCUUUUCCCACGGUAGCAGAAAAGUGCCGCAACGAUGCGGCGUGUCCAUAUAAGAAUAUCGUCGAUACCAAAGCCUGUUGGGGCUACGAGCAAGAUUGCAAAGCGGAAAAUUCUUUUUCCAUUCCGCACUGUCCAGGCGAUCACAAAGGAUGGGUCACGACGAAAAAGGCUCAACAGGAUACAUAUUACGCGCAAGGCGACUUUGGAUACGUACGGGAUCAGAGGAAAGAGAUGAUGCUAUUGUGCGAACCGUUAUUCGUGGAGGAUUCAUCGUUGGAGUGUUCGGAGCAUAUGAGGUUCUGCAGGGCGAGAAAUAUAAUGCUGAACUUCACGGAUCUGUUGGAUCGGAAGGAACCUAUACGUUAUAAAAUGGACGUGUUAAAAGAAGGUCAAAUAGGCGGCUACUGCACGCUGAACGAAAGGAGACUGCAGGAAAAUGCGGAUCACAUCAGCCCGCUGCAAUCGUGGGGACCCGAACUGCGAUACUUCCGCAAACUGACCCGUCGGCCAAUCAUCCAUGGCGAUUGCGACGUGGUCAUCGAGAAGCCCACGUUCAUCAUGAAGAUAGAUGCCAUAGUAAAUAUGUAUCAUCACUUUUGCGACUUCUUCAACUUGUACGCAUCAUUGCACGUGAAUCUCUCGCACCCAUCCGCCUUCGACACUGACAAUCACAUAAUGAUCUGGGAAAGUUAUAGUUAUCGGUCGGCGUUCCAAGACACCUUCGACGUGUUCACGAGAAAUCCACUGUGGGACCUGAAAACCUUCCGAGGCAAGAUCGUGUGCUUCAGGAAUCUAGUGUUUCCCUUGUUGCCGCGAAUGAUAUUCGGCCUUUAUUAUAACACGCCACUUAUUUAUGGCUGUGAAAAGUCGGGAUUGUUCAAAGCCUUUGGCGAUCAUGUGCUGCACCGACUUCGGAUACCUCUUCAUCAAAGGAAGGAUCGAAGGAUCCACGUUACACUGUUGAGCAGGGACACUCGCUACAGAAAGAUCUUGAACGAGGAUGAGUUGGUGAAAGCUUUGCGAGAAAACCCGGAGUACGAAGUUAGAAAGGUGGUGUACAAUAAGAAUGUGUCGUUCAAAGAGCAGUUGGAAAUUACGAAGAAUUCCGACAUUUAUAUCGGCAUGCAUGGCGCUGGACUGACGCAUUUGAUGUUCCUACCAGAUUGGGCGGCGGUAUUCGAGAUAUACAAUUGCGAGGAUCCCAACUGCUACAAGGAUCUUGCACGGCUGAGAGGUGUGAAAUACUUCACGUGGGAAAAUUCAUCGAAAUUAGUGCAGCAGGAUCCGGGGACGCAUCCUGACGGCGGAGCUCAUGCAAAAUUCACGAACUACAGCUUCGACGUCAAGGAAUUCCUGAGAAUCGUGUCGCUUGCGAGAAAUCAUGUAAAGCAUCAUAAUGCAUUCAAGAAGUUUCUCGAGGACAAUGUUUAUGCUGAAGAGCAUAAUGGAACGAAAUCGACAAGUGACACAGGACCAACACGAACUCCUAAUACGGAAGAAGUAAUUCGGUUACGACAAAAGUCGAGUGUAUUGUCCAAAGAUGAAUUAUGAGCGGUGAUUUAGGUACUAAAUAAGAGCGAUUACAAAAUACGCUAGUAAAAAACGAUGGAUGGUGUGAUUUAAACAUGUACUAGGUAAAUUUGUUACCGGGAACAUUCCUUUUACUUAUUUUUAUACGAGAGGAAAAAUGUACAUACUUAUUUUAAUUAAUAAAUAACAAGUACGUAAUAAACGUUGAUAUGUGUGAGUUGCA